UACCACUGUAUAAACCCUGACAUCUAGGAUGCCGAGAUAUUUAGCAGAUCAAAAAUAUCUGGCUAAGUGGUCUACGUCGGCAGACGAUCUGGAUUCUGGUAUUGCACUUUUUUGCCCUUUUCGCUUCUUUUUUUGUUUUCCCUCGGAAAAAAAAGAAAUUUUCUUUGGUUCCAAAUAGCCGCCCGAUUUUCACGCCGGUAUCUGAAAAUCUCUUAAGAUUUUACUCUUUCCUUUCCGAAUCAAACAACGAAAUUUUGAAGAAUCAUUCAGAAGAAGACUAAUAAGAUCCUUGAUUUGGAGGCAAAAACAUGGGCGAAGAAGUGAAGAUAAGCGAAUUUGAAUUUAACAGCGCAGAGGAUGAAGAAGCUACAGAAAAAGCCAACACCACCGUCUUUGACAACGAAGAUGAUGUUGACCAAAGAGUUCUGGAAUGGGAGAUUGGAUUACCUGACUGCGAUGAUUUAACUCCGUUAUCUCAAUCCUUAAUUCCACCAGAAUUCGCCUCCGCUUUCAGCAUCUCGCCGGAGCCUUGUCGGAAGGCUCUUGAUGUCAACCGAGCUUCUUACGAUACCCUCUCCUCCAUCCGAUCAAGCGGAGCCCACUUCUCCACUUACAAUGACAAUAAAAACAACAAUAAUAACGAUAUUUGUUCUUUUGACGACCCGAUGGUAGUUGAGCCGGAAGGUGGCGGAUCGGGUUCCGGUUCUGGUUCUGAACCGAAGAAGUUGAGGAAGACGGGUGUCGAUAUUGCAGAGGAAGCGGAUUCAGCUGUUAGGACAACAGAGAAUUCGGAGGAUCCAUCAGCGAUGACACUGAAACGACAGCGUUUAGUGUGGACGCCGCAGCUGCACAAGAGAUUCGUAGAUGUGGUAGCCCAUUUGGGCAUAAAAAACGCGGUUCCCAAAACAAUCAUGCGGUUAAUGAACGUGGAAGGCUUGACCCGCGAGAACGUCGCCAGCCAUUUGCAGAAAUACCGGAUUUACUUGAAAAGAAUGCAAGGGUUAAGCAACCAAGGACCAUCGGCAUCCGAUCAGAUGUUUGCGUCAACGCCGGUGCCGCGGAGUCUUCCCGAGAGCCGAAGCGGCGGCGGAGGAAAUGGUCUCGCUGGUGGUAGUAGGAAAGACGAUGGGCAUGUAGGGAUGCCUAUACCGAUGCCUUCUUUGGUGCCUUUAGCAAUGCCGAUGUACGGACAUAUGGCUAUGCAUCUAGGAGGAUAUCAUAACCGGCAGAAUGGGUAUGAAGCGAAUUCGUACGGGAUGCAGCCGAGAUAUUGGCCUUGUGGGAAUAAAUCUGGAUCGGUGGUGUCGUUGCCCAAUCAUAUGCCUCCCAACCAUAAGUUGAGCUAG